GACAUACAGACGCGUUACAAAACACACACAAAAAAACACUUUGAACUUCAACCCAACCUAUGAAAUCCAUAAACAGUUCUGCUGCUGAUGUCCUUUACUCAACUGACUCUUUGAUUUGAUGAUUUGAUGAUUUGAUGAGAUGAUGAGCGUCCGAUCCGAGCUGCUGGAGCGGUUUCUGGACGCGGCGUCCAGAGGAGACGAGCAGACGCUGUCUCUCAUGCUGUCUCAGUCCAGAGAGCUGCUGGACCGACGAGGAGAGCAGGGCUGGAGCGCUCUGAUGCUGACCGCAAGACACGGUCACUACGCCGCGGCCAGAGUCCUGCUGUCCAGCGGAUGCGAUACGAGCGUCACUAACCGGUCGGGUCAGACGGCUCGAGACGUGGCUCUGUUCUGGGGUCACAGACACAUCGUCCGUCUUCUGACCAGCGCUCCGGGUCACGAACUCCGUCAGCUUCUUCCCAGCAGAGACGCAGAAGAGCCGGACAUUCACUUCAACAGAGAGAUCCUGGACCGAAUGAGCGACAAACGCAGCGACGGCGAGUGGCUGGCGGCCAGAAGAGCUUCUCCAGAGACCGUGUUCCUGCUCUUCCACGCUCUGAGUCCUCUGGUGCUCUCCGGAGCCGAGGAGGACGAGGAGAUAAAGCUGUGUAAGCUCAGAUCCGCCGCGGUGCAGGAGCUGCUGACCGACAGCCGGACCCUGGAGGUGUUCCUCGGAGUGGAGAAGCAGCAGGAGGGUGAUGGGAUGCUGGCGUGGUUCGCUCUCAGCACUGAAGAAGAUCCCACUCAGCUCCUCAAAGAUAAAGAUCCCAGCAGUUUCUUCCUUCAGGGAGCCAUGCCAGGACUCCUGCGGCUGAGCGCCGAUGAUGCUGGUGUGGUGGCUCAGGCCCGAUCGGUCCUCGCGUGGCACAGCCGUUACCGCUUCUGCCCAACCUGCAGCAGCGACACCAAAGUAGAAGAGGCUGGCUACAAGAGGACCUGUUUGAGAGCAGGCUGCAGGAGUCUCCAGGGCGUCCAUAACACCUGUUACCCCCGAGUGGAUCCUGUGGUCAUCAUGCUGGUGCUGCACCCCGACGGGAAGCAGUGCAUGCUGGGACGCAAGAAGAUCUUCCCUCCGGGGAUGUUCUCGUGCCUCGCCGGCUUCGUGGAGCCAGGGGAGACGCUGGAGGCGGCGGUGAGGAGGGAGGUGCAGGAGGAGAGCGGUGUUCAGGUGGGACCCGUGCACUACCUGUCCUGUCAGGCCUGGCCUAUGCCCUCCUGCCUGAUGAUUGGCUGCCACUGCGUCGCCGUGACGACGGACAUCAAAGUGGACCAGAAUGAGAUCGAAGAGGCGCGCUGGUUUACCCGGCAACAGGUGAUGGAUGCUCUUGUGAAAGACAAGCGGGCCGUGUUCAUCAUGCCGCCCAAACAGGCCAUCGCUCACUAUCUGCUCAAACACUGGAUCGGCUGUAACGCAAACCUCUGAACCGGGGUUAAAAUGCUUCAUAUGAGAAGAUGUAUUAAUCAAAUUGAUUUAAUCAGCAUCUGCUGUGUAAAGCUUUUUGGAUUAUACAGUACAUACAUAAUGCAGUAAUAUAAUUAAAUUCAUGAUAUAACAGCGGAAUACAUUUUAUAUCCUUAUAUUGAAAUAUUAUCUUUACACUGUAUUGAAAUGAAAUUGCGGCUUGACACGUUUAUUGUGUCUAUUUAACAGAAUGCAUGACGUUAGCUAAAUACAGAAGAUGUAUUACAUUAUUGCUACAUUAGAUCACUUUGACACUCAUCUCUCACCAAUAACAGAAUAAUAUUUCCUAAUAAGCUUUUUCUCUGCUUUGAAACUGUAUGUAGUGUGAAAAAUGCUAAACAAAUAAACUUGAAUUGAAUUAAACGUUGUUUUCUCCAGUCAACACAAUCCUUAAACAAUCAAACAGUGUAAUUCAUAUUUUAUUUCUGAUGGUUUAACGUAUUUUCUGCUUCAUACAUGAUUUAUACCGUUGCAAACAGAAAACACCAUGACUGUGAUAUUACAUAAUACUGUAACUGUGAAAUACAUGGCAUAUUUGAUCAUGUUUUUGUCAACGUUUUCAUUAUUUACAGCCUGAAAUCUUUGCAAUUUAAUGGAUAAGGAUCAAGCAUAUGGAUUUUUAAUUUUAUUUUUUUUUUACAAUAUGUCACUCACAAUUUCUGCCUGAACUAGAAAAAUGCUCAUAGAGUUAAAAGAUUUACUUUUCAAGGUCAAGAAAAUCACAUUAAAAUGAGGCUGAGAAUCACAGUCCAUAGAUCCACAGUCUCAUAGAUAAUUUUACAAAGCAUAUUUUUUACACCUAAUGGUGCUCCAUACACACCUGGGUCAAAAAUAACCAGAACACAACAUGUAACAUUUUCUUAAUGGUUAUAUCUUAUUAAAAAUAACAAUUGUAUUAAAAAUAAUUGUAAAUAAUUCUGAAAAAAAAAAAAUAAUGCAUUUGGAAAGUUAUGCAUUUUUAUACACUGCAAAAAUUAUCUUACUUAGUAUUUUUGUCUUGUUUUCUAGUAUAAAUAUCUAAACAUUCUAACAUUCUUGUUUUCUAAAAAGAAAAAAAUCUCAAUUUUGUUAGUUUUUGCUUAAAACAAGCAAAUAUAUCUGCCAAUGUUUAGCCUUUGAAUUAAGAAUAUUUUUCUGACCCCAUUGG